CGGACUUAGGAUGAGGCGUCUUCCUCAGAGUUGGUUAAAGUUUGGGAGAUCUGGUAGGACUCUCUCUCUCUCUCUCUCUCUCUCUCUCUCUGUGUGUGUGGCGGGGGGCAUGGAGAUCGACAAUGGCGCGCAUUUCCAAGUAUUCUAGACGAUCCUGAAGUUGGCCUUCAUUGUUAAUUGUAUCAACGGCACGUUCUUCUGAAUUUGUCAUUGUAUCUAGAAAUCUUGUUGGUGGGUUCAUGUUAAUCUAUUUUUUCUGGCGAUGAGUUUGAAUUUCUGCUGCUGGAACAAAUUCACAAAUAUGGGAUCUGGAUAUUCAUCUGCCAAAGAAUGUUCUUCGACCUUGUCUCCCUCCCCUGUUGUGUCUUUUUGGGAUUGUAUUGUUAGGAAGAUGAAGUAUUCUUUCAUUCCUGAGUGGGUGUAGGACUUCGAAGAGUUUGGAGAGUACUUCCAAUUCUUUCCCCCCUUUCUUGUGUAAUAAACUUGCAGGACCUUAAGCAAUAAGUUUAUAUUUAGUGUGUGAUUUCAUUUAUCUGAAACUUUGGGUUGAAGAUUUGAUUCUGUUAUUUCUCCCUGUAAAGAGUCGGAUGGUUAGAAAUAAUGGGUGCAGAAGGUGUGGAGUGUGGCUCAGAAAGUUGAGAAAGUUUUGACUCAUAGAUUUACAUUUCACCUCGUUGUUAGAAGUUCCAGAAUAUAGUGUUAUUUGGAGUUUGGUACUGCAUUUUAUCCAACUCGAAGGUUUAAAAGAAUCAUGGAUGAUAUCAAAUUUAUGAAGAGACCAGCAGUAAUGGGACCUGUCUUGCGGAAGGAAAGGAAGAAGCAGGUUAAAGAUGAGUUAGACCGUCUGAAGUUGGCAGAAAAGAAAAAGAGGCGCUUAGAGAAGGCACUUGCAGCAUCUGCUGCAAUUCGCUUAGAACUUGAGAAGAAGAAACAGAAGAAGAAAGAAGAGCAACAAAGGCUAGAUGAGGAAGGUGCAGCCAUUGCUGAGGCAGUAGCUCUUCAUGUUCUUAUGGAUGAAAAACCAGAAGAACAUUAUACAACUUUGUUGGAUAAGAAGGAGAUGAUUAGUACUCAGGUGCCUGCCAAUAUUUCAGUUGAUUUCCUUACUGCACCGGGAAAUGCAGCCAUCCCUGUGUGUGAGUUGGACAGUAUGUUCCCUUAUCAAAGGUGCUGGAAGAACUCCUUGGGUAGCAGAUGGGAUUCUGAUUUUAUUAGGUCUGACUGCAAACAGCGUGAUUGGGAGCGAAACCAGCCUGUGCCUCGUCAGUGUACAGGCUAUGAUGCAAUUCCUGGGAAUUUCCUGGGUGCUUCUGAUAAUGGCAUGUGGAAUGCAAAUUCAUGUGAAGGGAUCUUUCAAGUUGCUGAGAUUUCAGGAAUCAUUGCAUCACAAGCUGUUGCAUCUCUCAGGAUUGCUGAAGAUGUCUGUUCUGCCAAUCUAACUGCCCCAGACUCAGGUUGCAACAGCCACUGUAUUUGGUGAUGUUGAUAGUGCACCCUUUCAACUAGCCAAGAGACUGCAGUUAAAGCUUGAAGUGGUUUGGCUGCAUAUAGGUGCAGUUGGAAGGUGCAAUGACUCCCUUUUUAGCAGGUAGAAGAACGUACCUGUUUGUUUGGUUGUGUUCGUAUACAGACUAAGACUGAGAGUUUGCUUGUAUAUUCUCUGUAUAUAUUCCUUUUAUAUGCUAAAGAGCGAUACAUUAUGCAGAAGGAUGCUACUGCCUUUAGCGAGUGAUUAGAAUGAUAGAUAUAUAUUAAAAAACUCUUGAUCUCUUGUUGCA